AUGACCUACCACUCAGCCUACCGCGGCAUUGCGACGGAUGCCAACGGCGAAUUUGACCACUUUGUGCGGACAAUCGACCCAUCACAUUUGGAAGGCGGGUAUUGGAGGUUCCAGUCUAUCGACGAUGACCGGCGCGCAAUGGCCCGCGGCUUCACAACGCCUGAGCAAGUUCUUCAAGCUGCCGACUCCAGCGAGGAUAGGUUCGACGAGAUCAUUCUAAGAUGGGUGAGGGGCGCAAACGAUGUAAGCUUCAAGAUGGCGAUGUCGGGUACGGCGCUUGAGCAUCUCCAAACCAUCUACGAACUGCGCUCGAUGCUUCAUCUGCCUAUGUCGUCCCGAGGGCAAGUUCCGAUAUACCCCAUCAGCACCAACCCGCGACUUAAGCAGUACUGGGAGGCGAAAUACAGAGCCCAACGGCCCACCCCGAUCGAUCCUGCAAUUCAGCUACCGGAACGUCCCAUCUCAUCUCCAGUAACGCCGGGACCUGUAUACUCGACUUCAUCGCAAGCUCAGCAUGCAGAACCAGCGACACUGAAGUCACCCGUUGGCAGAGUCACCAGAGCACGCAGCGCGAAGCUAUCACAAGCAGCGCCACCGAAACCUGCAGUCAAGACCAAAACCGCCAGACCAAGACCCAGUGCUUCCACAGCGCCUACAGCCCAGUCUUCGUCCGCAGCUCCAUCAUUAGAGAAGACCAAGGUUUCACUUCCUCCUGCCAAAGCGACAAAUCAACAGCAGGUUCCCUCCCAAAGUUUCGCAACGCAGCCGUUGACGUCCGCUCAAACCGACAUUAUACCUAUGCAGAACCUCACCGUCCUCGACUAUCGCACCCUUGCCGACGCUGUCGAGCAAUUCGAUCCUGGCCCAUGGACAACCCACUUCGUCCCUCCUGAACCCGAACCUGAAGACGCGGCGACACAAAUGAGAGGCAUGGCUGCGGUCAUACGGAAUGAGGAUAGCUACAAAGAGGAUGUCGAGCUUCACGGACUACCUGAUGACCUCAUGAUGAUGUUAUGGGCUUUCAAGACUUCGGAAAAUGUUCAGGUUAUCAAUGAGUACGUGGACAACUGCUCAAUACUAUCGUUAUAUUUUGACACUGACUUCCGUUCUAGGGAUGAUUGGGAUUCCGGCAUCGGCGAGUUCGAUAUGUGGUGA